AUGAAACGUAAACAAUCGGGAAAGCAAUAUUAUUUAAGAUCUCAAACAAAAAGAGUUAAGAAUAUUCCAGAAACUGAAAACUCUAAUAAUCAGGUUUCAAGUACUAGUAGUGACAUUAAUUCAGACAAAACCAGAAAUUUAACCUUGCAAUUGAAUCAACCUAUUAGGGAUAAUCAGAAACAAUUCCGUGAUUUGCUCGCAUCCGAUGUAGAACAAGCAUUACAAUUAGUUACUGAGGAACAGAAACCUGCUUUUAUUACUAAAGUUCGUACAAAAUUAAAAGAUACCGCACGAGAUGCAUUAGAAGAUAAAGAAAUAAAAUCGUAUCCUCAAUAUUGCGCAGAUAUUCAGGCAGUUAGAUUAAAACAAAAUGAAUCAUUACUUAGCUAUUAUACGCGUAUUAAACGAAUAUGCACAAGUGCAAUGGCAUCAUUACGUGAAAGUUUUAAUAAUGAAAACGAAUUAUCGGGUAUGAAGAAAAUGUUAAACGGACUAGCCUUGGAAUCUUUUAAACGCGGGUUACCAGACGACUUAAUUUAUGGUGUUAGCGUUCAAAAUCCUGCAACCCUUGAUGAUGCAUAUAAAAUUGCUUUACGUCUUGAAGAAGAUUUAAAAGGGAGUUCUCACCGAAAUUCAAAUUACUUAGCCUAUGCAGCAAUUCAACCCAAUAAUACAGAUUUAUCCCGUAAGACACGUAUGGUUAAUUUUGAAGACGAAGAUCGGCGAGAUGCAAUCCCAUUUCGAUUUUUCCGAGAUGAUGGGUAUAGACCAUCAUCCCCUCGUAACAAGUCACCAAUACGUAGCUCCUCCCCAAUUAUGAACGACGCAUUGGCUCACCCUUACGGUCCAGGAGUAUAUCCCUCGUCAACCAGUUCCUAUUUUACAAUGCCUGGAUAUUUCCCACAUAUGCCUUAUCUACCUUCAAUACCUUAUCAGUAUCCUCCACGGGAAAUGUAUUCACCCCCUGUAAAUUAUAAUUUUCCGUAUCAACCAUUCUUCAACGGUCAAAACAACAAUCCGCCUAACUAUAAUAACCCUCCUAAUUAUAAUAGUUACUCAACCUAUAACCCUAACUAUAAUCCUACUAAUAAUUACAAUAGACCUAAUAACGGCUACGAUAACAAUUACAAUAAUAGUAAUAGAAACAACGGUAAUUCUCAAUCGCCGGUACCUAAUAAGGAUCAUUUAAACUCCGAUCCGAUUCGCCAGAAGGACGCCUUGACGAAUCAAACGGAAAAGCGUCCAUCAAUGGUCAGAUUUUUAACAAUCGAACAAAUGUAA